AUGAUUUUGAAUUUUGAUUUUGAAAUUGGAGGCAAAUAUGUAUUUUUGAAGAGGCAGGAUUUUAAACUAUUAGAAAAGGUACAUGAAGUAAACAAAGUAGUAGCUAAAGUAGCUGAAGUAUUAGCUUUAGUAGCUAAUACUAUUUUUACAAAUUCUUUCUAG